AUGAUACCUGGCCCUUCAUCUCAUUAUAUCCAUCCCGGUACCACAAUAGGACCUUCUCCAGUACUAUAUCACUACCGCAACCCUCUCACACAACAGACCGUUGUUUCUCUUUUACCCCCAGAUCACCCCGAGAUGAUAUGCCUCCAAUCUGGGGAGCAUAUUACCCAGACGCAUUUCGGUAUCCUUGGCAUCCUUGCUGCGGUUUUUUGGUUUCCUCUUGGUGUCGGUCUCUGCCUCUUGGAUCGCAGAGUGAAAUGCAGACGUUGCGGACAGGUGAUUGAAGAUGGUAUGUGCGCUUAG